ACCCGGGGGCGCGGGGCUGGACGGAGCAGCCGUUGAGCUCAAGCUGGGUGUGUGUGCGCGCCGGGUGGAUCGCCUCGCUUCCCCUCCCCAAGGGUUUAAAACAAACAAAAAAAAACACACACCACAUUUUUCCAACCAAUUAGUUCGCCACUUCUAAAAGAUCGCCAUGGAUGAUGAUAUUGCUGCACUCGUCGUAGACAAUGGCUCCGGAAUGUGCAAGGCCGGUUUUGCUGGGGACGAUGCCCCUCGUGCCGUCUUCCCCUCUAUCGUGGGUCGCCCCAGACAUCAGGGUGUGAUGGUUGGUAUGGGCCAGAAAGACAGCUAUGUCGGUGACGAGGCACAGAGCAAAAGAGGCAUCCUGACCCUGAAGUAUCCUAUUGAACACGGCAUUGUCACCAACUGGGAUGACAUGGAGAAGAUCUGGCACCACACCUUCUACAAUGAGCUGAGAGUGGCCCCUGAAGAACACCCUGUGCUGCUGACAGAGGCUCCCCUGAACCCCAAAGCCAACAGAGAGAAGAUGACACAGAUCAUGUUUGAGACCUUCAACACCCCAGCCAUGUACGUUGCCAUCCAGGCUGUGUUGUCUCUGUAUGCCUCUGGCCGUACCACCGGUAUCGUGAUGGACUCUGGUGAUGGUGUCACCCACACUGUGCCCAUCUAUGAAGGCUAUGCCCUGCCCCACGCCAUUCUCCGUCUGGAUCUGGCUGGCCGUGACUUGACCGACUACCUCAUGAAGAUCUUGACCGAGAGAGGCUACAGUUUCACCACCACAGCAGAGAGAGAAAUCGUGCGUGACAUCAAAGAGAAACUGUGCUACGUCGCGCUGGACUUCGAGCAGGAGAUGGCCACAGCUGCAUCUAGUUCCUCCCUGGAAAAGAGCUACGAACUCCCCGACGGUCAGGUGAUCACCAUUGGCAACGAGAGGUUCAGGUGCCCAGAAGCCCUCUUCCAGCCCUCUUUCUUGGGUAUGGAAUCCUGUGGCAUCCAUGAAACCACCUUCAACUCCAUCAUGAAGUGCGACGUGGACAUCCGUAAAGACUUGUAUGCCAACACUGUCUUGUCUGGUGGUACCACCAUGUACCCAGGCAUUGCUGACAGAAUGCAGAAGGAGAUCACAGCCCUGGCACCCAGCACAAUGAAAAUCAAGAUCAUUGCCCCACCGGAGCGUAAAUACUCUGUCUGGAUUGGCGGGUCUAUCCUCGCCUCCCUGUCCACCUUCCAGCAGAUGUGGAUCAGCAAGCAGGAAUACGAUGAGUCUGGACCCUCCAUUGUGCACCGCAAAUGCUUCUAAAAACAGGACUAGUUUUACCACAAUAACAUUUUUCCUUUUUUUCUUUUUGACAAAACCCAUAACUGCGCAUAAAAAAACAAGAGUUGAGAUUGGCAUGGCUUUUAUUUGUUUUCUUUGGCGCUUGACUCAGGAUCUAAAAACUGGAAUGGUGAAAAAGUUUUUGACAGCAGCAGUCUCAAAAUAAAUAAAAUAAAAUAAAAAAAUAAUAAAGUGUUUUGGAGCGAACGUCCCCCAAAGUUCUACAAUGCAUCUGAGGACUUUGAUUGUACAUUUGUGUUUUUUUAAAAUAGUCAUUCCAAAUAUUGUAUAAUGCAUUGAGAGGAAGUCAAACCGGUCUCUUGGGGAGGCAGCAGCCCUGCUCUGCAGAACAGAAAUACCCGUCUGUUCUUAGAAAAGUAUUGCUUGUAUGUAAAUCAUGUAAACCCAACAAGUGUCUUUCUGUAUCUUGCGCCUUAAAACAAAACACACUUGGUCCUCUUUGAUUUUUGUCAGGCAAAAACAACAACAAAAAUGGGCUAUGGAGGUUUCUCUUCUUCCCAAUCUAUAUGUGAAGGCUUACAGUCUACCCCACUCCUUCCCCUCCCAUAGGGGAGUCGUCUUUACAGAAAUUGGUGCCAGUAUGUAAGUGGGAUACAGUGGGGGCGAAACUGUACACUGACUAAAGAACAGAUCAAUAAAGAUGCACACAAAUAGA